AUGAAGUUUGAAAUUCUAUUAGGGUUAAUCAUUUCAACCAUAUAUAUGCUAAUUAUUAGAAGAAUGUCUACUAAGAAUAUCAGUUCGAUCAGUAACGGGAUCAAUGUUGCUAGCGGAGCGGCGCAUGCUGCAACGCAAAAAAACCCACAUCCAUUUCCAACAUAUUUUGUCAGCCAUGGAGGACCUACGUUUAUGUACGAGGAUGAUGCUUUUGGGAACAAGGGUGCAUGGAACCUUCUUAAGAAGCUUGGGACGCAGAUCAAGAAGGAAUGGAAACCGGAUUAUAUAAUUGUUGUUUCAGCACAUUGGCAGUCGAGUGGUCGUAAGUUGGUAGAGGUUAGUGUUCCGAAGUCAGGGAAGGAAAAUCCACUUAUAUACGAUUUCUAUGGGUUCCCAGACCAUAUGUACAAGGAAGAAUUUCAUACGAACAACAAUUUAGCAGUUGCACAAGAAAUCAAGCAAGAGCUUGAGAAAGGAGGUUUCCAUAGUGAGCUCACCGAACGUGGAAUUGACCACGGGGUGUGGGUGCCGUUGAAGGUUGCAUUCCUGGACUAUAAUACGUUGUCGAAGGAACAGCCAGUAGUGAAGGGCUUGGACUUACCGGAAACUUCUUUAAUUCAAGUUUCUUUAACUGGUGACGAAAAGGAUUUUGAUUCGCAUCACAAGUUAGGUCAGGUAUUGUCGAAGUUCAGAGAGAAUUUGAUAUGGGAUGAGAGUCAGCAAAGGUAUCUUAAAGGAAUGGUUAUCUGCUCGGGAAUGUCUGUCCACAACUUGAGAGAUCUCUCUUCGUUUAGAGUACCAGGAAAGGUUAUGCCAUAUACUAAGCUGUUCAAUCAAUUAUUAACUAAAUCGAUUACCAAUACAGACAAUGUCUUGGAAAAUUUGAAAGGCUUGCAAACCAACUACCCUAAAUUAUUAUUCCUGGCCCAUCCUACAUUAGAGCAUUUUGUACCGAUUGUGGUUGCUAGUGGUAUUGUUGACGGAAAGGAAGAACCAAUCAAGGAAUUAUAUAAUGACAAUGUUGCUAGUUUAGGUUGGGGUAUUUAUCAAUUUGGUAACAACUAUUCUGCUUAA